AUGUGCUCUCCGAGAGAGCUGAAGCGAAUGAUCCUUGACCGCGGCCUCGUUGACCCAUAUCCAUCGGGCACUACGAUGAAGUAUACCUACGUGCGCACACUCACCAAAGCCGACCGCUCGCCACUCACAUUCCGCCUUCUCGACCUCCCUGCCGAGAUGCGCAACCUCAUUUACAUUGAACUUCUCACCUUUCCCGCUGAUAGGUGCCGAGAGCACCGUUUCUGCUUUCCACAGAUCCUCCGCACUUGUCGGCAGGUUCAUAAGGAAGCUGAGGAGCUGCUUUACACCGAGAACACAAUCAGUUGCGACUUUAAGACGCGGUACACCAAGCUCGAAUCCUACGUAUAUCCCGAGACAAGUGCAUUCAUACACAACAAGGAAUUGAACCACUAUGACUGCUUCUUCAACUUCCAGUAUGGAUCCGAUCUGCAGCUUACAGAUCCAUCAGAUGGGAGUGGGAACAGGAUAUUGCGAAAGUUCUUGCUGCGACUCGCCUCAGCGCUGAUGGACCAAAACAAGAUGGAGAGCCUCUGCAUCACGAUUUCGGACGAUGUACAAUCUGAGGAGCGGCCUGGGACGGCGGACAUCCUUCAUCCAAUGCGUCGCCUCCGCAACAUCCCAAAAGUCUCGAUCCGGGGCAAGGUCGGCGCCACGACUGCCUUGCAAAUCGUGACGGAUAUCAAGGGCGACAGUCCAACAUUCAAUACGGUGAAGCAGCUCCAGCUGAUCCUGCUCGAGGCGGAAGCGUACCAAAACCUGCAUGGAUCGAUCAACUGCACCGUCAAGGUCGACAAAGAUGACCUCUUGCUGUCUUCCAGAACAUCGACGACUGAGGAGAUAAUUGGUCACCACGUACGCCAAAUUCAAAUCAUGUUGGAUCCGGAGUAUGAACUCGCCAUGUUCGCAGAUGAGGAGGCCGAACGAUACCUGCAAAUUCGGCUAGCAAAGAUAAAGUCCUGCUUGGACGGGGUGCAGGAACCUGUUGUGGCCAAGCGACUCAAAGCGCUCGAGGCAACGAGAACGACGCGAUUGUCUUACACAAAAGAAACGGCACCGACAUCCAUCGAUCUGAAGGCUUUAGAGCGGGCAAGAACACCAUCACCGUUUCUUGACGAGGAUGACCUCUUUUGA